AUGAGUUUUAACGAUCGGUUCAACGAAGACGACGCCAUGGACCUAGUGGAAUCCACGAUGUUGAGCGAUGGGAGAACGAGAACGAAAAGCCGCAAAGUGUAUGCUGGUGACGAUGCAGUUGUAGCUUCUGCUCCCACUAUAGGAGAUACGCGUCAAAAUUCACAGCAUGAUCAAUUAGAUCACGGAGAAACCGAUGAUCUCGACUAUGGUGACGGUCCUGGUAGCGCUUUUAAUGAAGGCUUGACAGUGUUUCGUCUGAAUGACCAUGACAUCGAAAAACAUAAAAGGAGAUUGGAAGCUCUUGAUGAAAACUGGUCCGAGGUCUUUAAGGUGCUACCGAAAGACUAUGUAAAGUGCAGGGGAAGUAGCGACUAUAGUCUGGCCGAUACGACUCCGUUUUUCGACGCGCGCUGCACUACAUGCGAUAAAACAAAGGAACGGGAGAUCCUUUGCGUUUUCAUUACCGGUAACGCAUUACGUUGCAUUAAUAAUUACCAAACAUACUGUGAUAUGGACAACUGCUAA